GGAGUCUCUAUAUAUUCUUCCAAGGGGACUGGGGGUCUGAUCUCAAUAUUAUCACUAUUUAAUUCACUCGUUUCCUUCGGCUCCUCUUCUCUUACCUUUGUGUAUUUCUCUCCUUCGCUACUCUACUGCAAAUUUUCUGAUAAAACUCCACUAGCUCUUCUAUCUUUCCCAUCCCUCUGCAUCCAGCAGUACUAUUUUCCAUCACUUCUCAGUCUUCAAACCCUACUUCCCCUUGCUGUUCUCUUUUCUUCUCAGACACUUUAAAUUUUAUUUUUCUUGCCAAUUUAUAAUAUAAAUAAAAUUAUAGGUACAAUCUUAGCUAUAUACGUAGCAAGUAUAUACAUAGCAAUGGAUAUUGGCCAGUACAAAUCAGAGGAGCAGAUGGAGAUGAUGAUGAUGAUGCAAAUGGAAAAAAUAUCCGAGCUCUGCGGUGCCUACAACGACGUUGUUUCCGACCUGCCGCAGUCCGAUCUCAAUUUCUCCUCCACCACAACUAGUCCCAAUAGUAUCAGUGCCACCAUGUCUCAUUACACUACAGACCAAAACCCACAUAACAAUAGUAUCCAUUCACCAAACUCAAACUCACAAUCCUUCCUAAACCUUCCAACAAUCCCAUCUACCAUUUCAUUCACCAACACAAACCCUACCGAGCAAACAUUGUUUUCAACACCGUCACAAAAACGUGCUUCGAUGGCAGCCAUGAGGGAGAUGAUAUUCCGGAUUGCAGCCAUGCAGCCAAUCAACAUCGACCCGGAAUCGGUUAAGCCGCCAAAGAGAAGGAACGUGAAGAUUUCUAAGGACCCUCAGAGCGUGGCGGCCCGGCAUCGGAGAGAGAGGAUUAGUGAGAGGAUUAGGAUCCUGCAGAGACUUGUCCCGGGCGGGACAAAAAUGGACACCGCUUCCAUGCUAGAUGAGGCCAUUCACUAUGUCAAGUUUUUGAAGACUCAGGUCCAAACGCUGGAGAGAGCUGCGACUAAUAGGCCUACCGGGAUUGGAUUUCCUGUGGCCAUGUCUAGUGGGAGCUACAUAUCUAACUCUAUGGCUAAGGCUUAUCAGGCUCCUCCUUCUCAUCAGAAUGUGCAGCAUUUCGGUGAUGCUUAAUUAUUGAUUACAUAGUCCAACUGAUAACGAGACUAAUGUUAAUUGUUUGAUUGUGGGGUUGUAAAUUAGGAACAUGCAUAAAACUAUUGUGAUCUUCGUCGAUCUCAUAUAGUUUUAAGCUUACUUGUAAUCCAUGUUCUCUUUUCCAAUAAUUUAAUAAUAACAUCCCUUGAUUUUCAUGAAGAAA